AUGGAGAACGUUGAGUGCGCUUCAAUGGAGAACUUGAAUUUUCUCUCUCCUCCAAACUUCCAGCCUCUCCUUCAAAACUACACUAACUCACAACAUCUUACCCAAAUCCAUGCUAAAAUCAUCCGUUCAAAUCUCUCUACCAACCCAAUUCUUGCCUCCCAGUUACUCCACCUUCAUUCUUCCUUUGGCAAUCUCAACUGCGCUUCUUCAAUCUUCCAUCGAAUUCAAUCUCCUUCAACCUUCUCCUGGAAUCUCAUCAUCAGAGCUCAUACAAUCAACUCUUCUUCUUCAAAGUCUCUCAUUUUGUACAAUCUUAUGAUAUGUGCUGGGGUACCACCUGAUAAAUUCACCUUCCCUUUUGUCAUUAAAGCUUGCGCUGCUUCUUCGGCUGUUGAAAAGGGUAAGGAGGUUCAUGCUUCUGUUAUUAAAUCUGGGUUUUAUUGUAAAGAUUUGUUUGUUAAGAAUACCCUUUUGGAUAUGUACUUGAAAUGUGGGAGUUUAGAGUGUGCACGCAAGGUGUUCGACGAAAUUCCUGUGAAAAAUGUUGUGUCUUGGACUACGAUGGUUUCGGGUUUGGUUGGAUUUAGGGAGUUAGAUUGUGCUAGAAAACUGUUUGAUCAAAUGCCUGUGAGAAAUGUGGUUUCUUGGACUGCUAUGAUCAAUGGGUAUGUGUCGAAUGGGAGGCCUCAAGAGGCGUUCGAGUUGUUCUCCCAAAUGCAGGUUGAAGGAGUGAAACCUAAUGAGUUUACUCUUGUUAGUUUGCUGAGAGCGUGUACCGAGCUGGGGAGUCUUAUUUUAUGGUGGUGGAAGGGAAGAGGAAAGAGAAAGGAAGGAGGAAAGAGAAGGGGAAGGGUGGUCAGAGGGGGGUGGGAUGUCUGGUUGACUGCUGGAAGUUAUGGAGGAGGAGGAAGGAUGGAGGAAAGAGAAAGGAAGGAGGUAGGAAAAAAAAGGAAAAAAAUAAAAAUAAUGUUGUUUAAAUAAAAUUAUCAAAAUUAA